CAAUCACGCCUGCUUGUUGUGUCCUGCCCUCGCAUCUGCAACUCUCCCCGGCUACAAAGAAACACGCCGCUGCCUGCCACGGCGGGAAAGCCGUGCGACAGUCCACCGGGGGGCCUCUCAUGCAUGGAGCGCCUCCAUUGCAGCACAUGAUUGCAAGUCGAUAGUAGCGUCCUUGCCGGACCGCCUACGAUAUUCAAGAUGGUCGUAUGUCAAUACUGGAAGCGAGGCCAGUGCCGCUUUGGAAAUCAGUGCUUCAACGAUCACUUUGAGAAUGGGUCAAAUGCCUCUCCUGUAGCGGGCGGCGACGGUGGAAGCGGCACACGCCCUCCCGCUAUUUUUGGGCAACCUGCCUUUGGGGGAAGCAAUACACCCGGGGGAAGAGGUCGUGCAAGCGCAUUCGGCAACAUGUCUGCAAGUUUCAAUGGGAGUAACAACAAUGGUUCAGCGGCUUCAAUGUCUGCUAACUUUGCCAAUGCAGCACCUGGCGGGCUGGCCAUUCCCUCCACCCGACCGGGUCAAAUCGCUUUGACAGCCGAUGGAAUCCGAGAGGAAGCACUUCCAGCUAAUCGCCCAGUAUGGAGGCUAUCGAUGUUUGGCCCAGCAAAGUACGAGCCCAACCUGGUAGCCGGCAUGGAUGUCAGCCAGGAGGAGAUGCGCCUCAAGGCUUAUGAAGCCAACAAGCUCGGUCCCCAAGCGCAGAGUGCGUAUGCAUCCGAAGAGGCCAGUCUGGCAGCUCAGAUAGACCAAACUCUGCAGCAGAUCGCAACGAAUCCUCAGACAGCCCUGCAACAAGCUGAGAAGAAUCGGCCACAGGACACGCCAACUGCAUCUGCGUUCGGCGCCCGUGCCGCGGGGGCUGUGGCUCCUGCAUCAGCAUUCGCCGGCACUUCGAGCGGGACGUCUGCAUUCGGGCAACCAUCUGCAUUCAGCACUUCAGCCGCCAAGACGACAGGGAGCGCCUUUGGACAGACGUCAGCAUUCGGUAAGCCAACGGCGUUCGGCAGCUCGAGCGCAUUCGGCGCCCAGCAGCCCUCCACAUCAGCAUUCGGCCAACCUUCUGCAUUUGGCCAGACCUCUGCAUUUGGAGAGUCAGCUGGCGCGCAACCAGAGUCAGCUUUUGGCCAGCCAUCUGGGCUCAGCUCAUCUGCGGUUCAGCCGGCUUCAGCGUUUGGAAGCACCGGCGCCUUUGGAGCCCAAGCACCCAAGCCAUCCUUCGGCAGCACCAGUACCUUUGGUGCAUCGAGUGCAUUUGGCUCGCAGCAGUCUGCAUCGCAGUCGGCUUUUGGCAGCACGCAAGUAUUUGGAACGCAAGCGCAGGACCCUGGCACAACAACCGCGUUCGGACAACCUGCAACAGGUCUUUCGGGAUCUGCAUUUGGGCAGACAUCAGCUUUCGGAGCUCCACAGCAAAACAGCUCAAGUGCCUUUGGGCAACAGAGCGCCUUUGCGGCUGCAGCGGGACCUGGAGCCGCCCACGCUCAGCAGCCCAUAUCAGCAUUUGGCCCAUCGGCCUUUGGAACUGGUUCUUCAGGAAGCGCGUUUGGAUUACAAUCUGCACAAAGCAGUGCAUUUGGUCUAUCAACCCAGCCGAGUGCUUUUGGCGCUUUCGGCACUCGAACUGACGCAGUGGGCACUUCGAGCGCUUUUGGUUCCGCGUUCGGCGCAGGAGUGAACACAGCUACAGUUAUCGAGGGUGCAGACCUUUUCUCGCAUUUCGCGCCGAAAGAGGAGGACUUGCCCGCGGAGGCGCUGACAGCAUUCAAGGCAGAUGCUUUCGCCUGGGGCGAGAUUCCGGUGGCUGAACCACCGAUCAGUGUGCGGUGAUACACCCAUCUUUUGCUUCAAAAUCGUUCCUGAAUGCGCUUUGCACACAAUUGUAAAGGUACAUACAUGCUUAACUUUGUAUUGGUACAAGGCGAUGAUUAAACCACGCCUUCGAG